CCGACGGUUCGUCGAGAAAGGUGUGUCGCUGUUUUUAGCGAGAUUUCACCAUCGAUUUACCGUGGAACUUCAGUGAAAAAGUUUUGGUGUUAUCCUACUGCGGCGCCGCCGGGAUUCGCGUCGCAGUCGUCGCGGCCGGGCUCUGCCCUCGGGCGCCCUCGGGCUUCGCCCCUCGCGUCUCGCGCCGCGUUUGGAGCCCUCGCUCCUUCCGAUCCGCUAUCGAAGCCCUAGAGGAUGUCUUCCCGUCGUAACGGGUCCGUCUCCAGAGCGGCUGAGGCGGCCUCCAAGAGCCGCCUACACAUGGACCGGAACCCUCAACAUGCGCGGAUAACUGACCCAUCAAACCCCGCCGGACGACGCAAGGAGAUAGACAACGUAAUGAAGCGGGCUAGACAGGCGUCCCCAGGCAGCUGGGACCGUAAGCUGCUCGAAGUUGAGGAGAAGGACCCUGGCAGAUGGCGUCAUACGGGCUAUAAACAGAUGUAUCUGGAGAAAUCGCGGUCCCCCUCCCCGCGGCGCUCGCGCACCCCGCGACGAUCUAGAACACCUCUAGCACGUCGUUCGCCGCUAGGUCGCCGCUCGCGUUCACCGCUUGUCCGGCGUUCACGUUCACCAAUUGUCCGCCGCUCGCGGACACCGCUCGGCCGGCGGUCGCGGUCUCCCGUGACCCGCCGCUCCAGGUCCCCCGGACGCAGGGAGUCGCGGUCCCCGCGCCGGAGCCCUAGGCGGAGCCCUGUCAGGCGCACCCCCCCGCGGCGCGCGCGCCCCCGCUCCCCGCCGCCGCGCCGCGCCGCCAGCCCGCGCGCGCGCCCCCGCGCCCCGCCCCGCGCCGCGCCGCGCCCGCCCUCGCCGCCGCCGCCCCACCGGUCUUCCGGUUCGGGGUCGUCAGUGAGCAGCUGUUCAGACGAGUCAUGUUCCGUGUGCUCGGCCAAGAACAAGAAGGGCCCGCCGCCGCCGCCCAAAGGAGUUGUCGUUAAACCCAGGGCCGCGUCGGGCUCCCCCGCGCGGGCGCGGCCGCCCGCCCGCGCCGUGCAGCCCACCCGCGAGCUGCUCAAGGCCAGGGACGCCAGCAAGAGGACCCGCGAGGAGAAGGUGCUGGAGUGGCAGCGGUCUCAGCUGGCGGUGAGCCGCGCGGCCGCGCCCAUCCCCGCGGCGCACAUCAAGCGCGAGGGCGAGCGCCGCCCCCCUGCGCCCCCCGUCGGCGCCUCCGCCCCCGCGGGCGCCCGGCGCCGCGCGCCCCCAAGGGGCGUGUCCCCCGCCGCCAUCGCCGCCGCGCUGGCCGCCAGCGGCAGCGACUCCGAGAGCGAGGCCAGCGACCACCCGCCGCCCAGACUCACCCUGUCGGAGCGGUUCGGCAAGAUGGCGCAGUGGUCGGCGGCGCGCUCCGCCCGGCUGGAGAAUAUGCGCAUCACGCGGCGGGACUCCGCCCUCCAUGUGCACAUCUCGUCCGCGGAGCCCGGCGCCGCCGCCCCGCCGCCUGCCAACGACGAGUUGGAGGAGGCCCCGGUGGGUAGCUACCCCGAGGAGCUGCUGGCCGUUGCGCCGGCCGGGCUGUCCUGGGACGACGUUCGCGUGCGCUACGAUUACUACAAGAAGAGGGGCUACCUCAGAGGCCUGACUCUUAGCGACUACGUGAAGUGGGAGGACUGGUGGUACAAGUACCAGGAGUGGCUGAAGAGGGAACGGGCGUACGAGCGCUGGGCGGAGGGCGAGGUCGGUUCCGUAAGUGGUCCCUCUUGUAUCAUCAUCAUCAUCAGCCCAUAUAUUCAAUAUUUUUUGCCAUACGCAAUCCUCUAUCGUGUGGGUUGUGAGGUGGAGUACCAACCUCAUCACACCUGGUGUCAGGGUUACUAUUGAGCCACCAAAUGCCCCUGACAUGGCUCAUGU